UGCUAGCCCCGCCCGCCUACCAUGGCGCUGCGGCGCUUCCUGAUGCUGCUGCUGCCGCUGCUGCUCUCCCUGGAGUCCCUGCACUUGCUGGUGCCUACGGCUGAGGCAGGGCCCCGGGGCCGCGGGAACCGGAAUAACAGCACUGGCCCUGGAGCCGUCGGGGGCCUACGGGCUGGAGGGACAAUGGUCAGGGGCAACCGAGAACUGAACGGGACGUCCCGCCAGCCGGCGGUCCUAGAGGGGGGGCGGCGGGGCCGGCCUUCGUCCAGUGUCACGGUCACCCACGAGACGUGUUGGGGCUACUACGAUGUGAGCGGCCAGUAUGACAAGGAGUUUGAGUGCAACAACAGCGAGAGCGGCUUCCUGUAUUGCUGUGGUACUUGCUUCUACCGCUUUUGCUGCAACAAGCGGGGAGAGAAACUGGAUCAGCACCAGUGUAAGAACUAUGUGAGCCCUGGGUGGAUCCAGACUCCUAGCACCCAGGUGAUUCCUCAGGAUAUCCAGAACAAGUACGACCCAGAGAAGGACAAGACCAACUUCACUGUCUACAUCACCUGCGGAGUAAUCGCUUUCGUCAUCAUCGCUGUAGUCUUUGCCAAAGUCUCCUAUGAUAAGGCCCACCGCCCCCCGAGGGAGAUGAACAUCCACAGAGCUCUGGCUGACAUCCUAAGGCAACAGGGACCAAUUCCAAUAGCACACUGUGAAAGAGAGACUAUCUCAGCUAUUGAUACCUCUCCCAAAGAAAACACACCAGUCAGAUCUUCCUCAAAAAACCACUAUACCCCAGUGCGCACAGCUAAACCUACAACAGGGCUCUAUGGGAAGGAGGUUCACCGAAGUGGAGGCCCUGAUCUCCAUAACUUCAUCUCAUCUGGAUUUGUCACAUUGGGAAGAGGACACACGAAGGAAAAGCCACGGAUGAACAACAUCCUGACAUCAGCCACAGAGCCCUAUGACCUUUCUUUCUCUCGAUCAUUCCAGAACUUGGCUCAUCUCCCCCCAUCCUAUGAGUCUGCAGUUAAGACCAACCCCAGCAAAUAUUCAUCUCUGAAGAGGCUAACUGACAAGGAAGCUGAUGAGUACUAUAUGAGGAGACGCCACCUCCCUGAUCUGGCUGCCCGGGGCACUCUCCCUCUCAAUGUCAUCCAGAUGUCACAGCAGAAGCCCCCACCACGCGAGCGGCCUCGCCGGCCAAUACGAGCCAUGUCCCAAGACAGAGUCCUCUCUCCUGAAAGGGUGAUGCCAGAGGAAUUCAGCAUGUCCUAUGACAGGAUCCUGUCUGAUGAGCAGCUGUUGUCAGCUGAACGCCUACAUUCCCAGGACCCACUGCUGUCCCCAGAGAGGACAGCCUUCCCAGAGCAGGCUCUGUCUCGUGCCAUGUCAAACAUGGAUGUCUUUGUGUCUACACCUGUCCUGGACCGCUACCACAUGACCAAGAUGCACUCCCAUCCUAGUGCCUCCAAUAACUCCUACAACACCCUAGGCCAGAGUCAGACCGCAGCCAAGCGCCACGCCUUUGCAACUCGGAGACACAACACAGUGGAACAGCUGCAUUACAUCCCUGGACAACAUACCCACUACCAUACAGCCAGCAAGACUGAAGUGACUGUGUGACCAGGGUCAGAGCCAGGAAUAGGCUGGGUGGAGGUAGCUAGGAGAGAAGCCAGAAUGUCUUCCCCAAAAGGGUCUUGAAGACUUGGCAGAAUAGAGAAUCUUCUGGCCCUUGUAAUUCCACCCUCUCUUACCAUGUCCACAAGUGGAUAAUUAUAGAAAAUAUUCAAGGGAGGGAUGGGGGCUAGUUGGGCUGCUUCUGCAACAGAAAGCCAUACCCCCUCCUAGAAGUACAGCCCAAGCCUCUUGGCAUUGACUCACCCUGUUGUACACAUCUAAAAGUAUUUCUUUCACUUCUUCAAGUGGAAUUAAGAAUUUGUGAGGAAAGAUAGUUCUGAGCCUCCCAGCAGCACCAACUUGUUCCCACAUACUCUCUCAAUAAGGGUUAAGCUACUAGAUACCCUCUCCUCACUAAAACCCUCCCUUCCCAGGCUGGGCUGACCAGGGUAUGUGGUCAGUUGGCUGGUCAGGUUGGCAGUGUGGUCUCAUUCAUUUAACUAGAGCUACAUCAUGGAAAUCUUCUAGUGCCUAAAAACUGCCUGCUCACCUGAGCAGUGGAGCUGCUGUGUCCAUAAGCACAAAGAUAACUUCCCUGCCCUUCGUCAGAGUGCUCCCAGACUUUACUCUCACAGAAGCCUGAGAGCAGACAGGUUUCUAUCAUUUCUUGUGCUCCUUAACAGAAACUCUGAGUUAGGGAAACUUACCUAGCCAUGCCUCCCUUAUUCCAGCAUACUCUGCACCCCUUGGAUACCCCUUUCCUUACGCCCUGUUCUCUAUGAACCUGAAUUCUCAUAGUCCUCUAACUCAGGAGCUCAAAAGUUUUCCUGAAGUGGUGAUGAAGCAAAUUCCCAUAAAGAAGGAAACCUUGGCCUUGAUGUAUAGGGAAUUCAUGCCAGAGAACCAAAUAGCCUCAGCAUCUUCUCCAGGAGCCCUAAGAUCACAGCCCUAAACCCAGGCUACAGCUCUCCGUGCAGGCCUAUUUCCUCUCCCCAGGACCCAGCCUGUCAGGCUCUGGGGGGGACCCACUGUGAUGGCCAUGAUAUUUAGGGAGAGUUACCAUUCCCAUCAUGUGAGACUGGACUGUUUCAGAUGCAGUCUGUGUUUUAGCCCUCUGAGAGGGCAACUCAGGCCCCAAGCAGAAAAUUAUCUUUAGACAAUGACACUGCCCCUCCCAUAAAGCAACUUGCCCUUCCACCUUACACUCAUAAGCCCCUUUUUUCUCUUUUGGCCAGAGACCAGUCCCCAGAUACUCUCCACCUUUUCGUCCUUUUCAGGACUUCUUUUCCCUGUUUGCCUUCCUUCCUCUGUAUUGUCAGCUCCAAACCCAGUCACUCAGUUCACAUACUGAUAGCUUCUAGAACUUAUCUCUAGUCUGGAUUAAAGAGACAGGAUUUUUUUUACUCUAACGAUGGGAUUUUUACUUUACUUUAUGUUUUACUCCAAGUCACUUUCCCAACCCAGUUAUUCUAGGCUACUUUGCAACCUUUUCCUACUUCUUACGUCAGAAAGAUGAGAGGUAUUGGUUGGGGGUGGGGGGGAGGGAGGCAGG